AUGGACUAUCCUACUCGCCGAUCCAGUCGAUUUCAAGCCAGACAAGUCUUUGCUCGAGCCAACUUUCCGUUGCGAGCAUACGGACCCAGAAGAGGGAUGGCGCUUCUCAAGAUCGGUCUGUUCGGCACUGUUGGCUACUUCGUCGCGAAGAAGCUUCUUCAAGACUCGAAUGAGCCACGUCAAAAUCCUCAACAAUGUGCAUUGUGCGGACAUGAGCGGCAGCAAGAAUCCAGGCAGCAACCGACGAACGUUCCACGGACGCCAUACCAUUAGCAUUUUGCAGUCAUCAGCCAUGAUGCCAGUCAGCCUCAACAAUCAGCUCUUUCCUAGUUUCAGUAGUCAACAGGCAUACUUCGACGGCUCGGGGGUGGUGACGGAAGCAAUGGAUACAAGACGUUGGGGUGGGCUUCGACUUACUCAAGCUU